AUGGGAAUGUUCUUGGCCCUUACCGCUCUGGUUUCGUAUAGACGGAAUUUUUCGAGGGAAUACGAAUUGGGGUCAGAUUCUGGGUCAUUUGUUGGGUGUAUUUUGGCGGAGGACUGGACGAAAGGAGGGAGAUUUGAAGAAUUGGACUUAGAAUUCUCGGGCUUUGCCAUUGAACACCGAGGGUUUUUGGUCUCUGAAAUCAGCCCAAACGGUCAAGCCAUUGUGAGAGCUGUAAGGGAGAAACCUUCAGCCCUCCAAACUCUACAGCAGGAGCAUCAGGUAGGACAAGAACUUAGGAGGGUUGGAGGAGAAAACUAUACUGUGGUCAGAUCUCCCUCUAAAAUGUUAUCACCUGAACAACAGAGUUUUCAAACCUAA